UCAAACAUAAACAAAACUGCGUUGACUGGCGAACUGGAAAGACUGUUUUGCGGCGACGGAGUUUAAUUUUAAAAGCCAAGUUUUUCGGUGAAAAAUCCUACCUAGGAUUGUUAUUUAUACUUUCGCUGUUUGUUCCUCAGAUCAGGAACGCUAAGCCAACAGGAUGGGCGAUCAGGAUGUCUCGAAAAUGAAGGUUGCGGAUUUGAAAAAGGAGCUCAAAAACCGAGGGCUCAGCACUCUUGGAAACAAAAACGAGCUGGUCGAUAGACUACAAGGCGCCCUGAUAGACGGAGGCGAUCCAUUGGAAGAUACGGCCAUUUCCGAAGAUCUGCUUGAGGACGAUGAACUCAACGAUGACAUCCUCGAGGAGGAGGAAGAAGAUAAACAGCAUCAUGAAGCGACAGAAGAGGAUCGAAUCCUGAAAUCUCCCACUCCGAGCGAACCUUCGAAAUCCGAAUCGCCAGAGGAGAAGAAAUCGGAAGCCGUUACAAAAGAAUCCGAUGCGGAUAAGAAGGAAGAUCAGCCGGCGGCAGUUCAGAAAAAGGUUGCCCUUAAGCGAAACAUUUCAAUUUCAGUUCCAACUCCAACGGCAGCAGUAGCGGCUGCUCCCAAAGCCGCUGAUGACGAUAAGAAGUCUGAUUCCGUACCGAAGGACACGGAAGCCGGAUCAAGCGAACCGGAGAAGAAGGUAAUCAAGCUGACCGAACUGACCGCUCAGCAGAGGCUCGAGAUGCGUGCCAAGAAAUUCGGUGCCCAGGCGAGCGAAACAUCCGAUUCUAAGCUGCAGGCCCGAGCUGCCCGUUUCGGCCUUGGCAGCAGUGGAGAUUCUUCCACCGGCAGUGGAGCAGCAACUAAACCGGCCAGCUCGCUGGUGGGCAUUGAUGCUUUGAAGAAACGGGCCGAGCGUUUCGGUGUGAGUGUAUCGGACAAAAUGACGAAAAUCGAACAGGACGAGAAGUUGGUCAAGCGCCAGGAGCGGUUCGGAAACGUAACGGCGCCAACCCUCACGGCCACCGGUAAGGUGGCCAUCAGUUCCAGCAGCACCACGAAAACAGACUACGCAGAACGUGCUCGCCUGCGGUUGGAACGGUUCAAGAAUACCGCCUAAGAAUGAGGAUUUUUCGGGGGGAAAAGGAUGCUGGUGUCUGCUGCAAUCAAUCAUUUCGUAGAUCAUUCUCGGGCUAAAUUCAUCCUGAGCGUAGUGGAUUCAUACCUUACUCUCAUAUAAAAAACUUACCGAUUAUGGGUAGAAUAUAAUCAAAUACCUACUGGAA